UGAUCGUCCACCCGCCAGCAGCCAACAUGCAGUCCCCGGCGGUGCUUGUCACCUCCAGGCAAGUUCAGAAUGUCCACACAGGCCUUGACUUGACCGUGCCACAGCACCAGGAAGUACGGGGCAAGAUGAUGUCUGGCCACGUGGAAUACCAGAUCCUGGUGGUGACCCGGUUGGCUGUGUUCAAGUCUGCCAAGCAUCGGCCUGAAGAUGUUGUCCAGUUCUUGGUCUCCAAAAAAUACAGCGAGAUCGAGGAAUUUUACCAGAAACUGAGCAGUCAUUACCCGGCAGCCAGCUUGCCCCCGCUGCCUAGGAAGGUCCUGUUUGUCGGGGAGUCUGACAUUCGGGAAAGGAGAGCCAUGUUUGAUGAAAUUCUGCGCUGUGUCUCCAAGGAUGCCCAGUUGGCGGGCAGCCCGGAGCUGCUAGAAUUCCUAGGAACCAGGGCUGCAGGGGCUGCAGGCCUUGCUACUAGAGACCCCUCUGUCCUGGGUGACACAGCCAGCCAGCCAGGAGACAGCGAUGAGGGUUUUGAUUUCUUUGAGCAGCGGGAUGACGUGCAGCCGCCCACACUGGGCCUGAGCAACAAGGAUGUGGAGAAGUCCUUGGAGGAAGAGGAGGAGGAAGAGGUGCUCGAUCCCCUGGGCAUCAUGCGCUCCAAGAAGCCCAAGAAACACCCAGAAGUGGCCAUGAGGCCCAAACCUUCACCUCGGCUCACCAUCUUUGAUGAGGAGGUGGAUCCUGACGCAGGGCUCUUCAGCCCAGGCAAUAAAGUGUCCCCCCAGAGACCUCUGGAGACCACACAGGACUCCCUGAAGCUGUUUGACGACCCUGACCUUGGUGGUGCUGUCUCCCUGGGUGACCCUUUACUGCUGCCAACUACCCGUGAGAGUGGAAGACCCACAUGCAGGGAUAGCUGCAAGGAGCUGUUCAGGCUUUGGGAUGGACAAGGACUCUGCAGAAGAAGAUUGGGGAGCAUCAUAGGAAUCAAACUGCAUCAUCCCAGCCCACCUGAUUGUAAAGAAGAGAAUUGGUAUGAUCUUUCCUUGCUCAACAAGGGCCUGACCUCUUAAGAUGGAAUGAGAUCAGAGGACAAUGUCCACCAGGGAAGGGACACCUACAUACAUGUAUCCACUGUCUCUGCCAGCUCAGUACAGGAAGGAAGACUUACUGAACCUAGGUUGGGCUAAAGGGAGUACCUGCGACAGGCUGCUCUGGAAUCUCUACUUGGCUGCUGAGGCCCCAAGGCGUGAUCAGAGCAGAAAGCCCAGUUGUCCAGACUGCCCUGACCCAAGUUCCUUCGGCAUCUCUUUGUACUUUCAAUUCUGAUAGGAAAACUUAGACCCUGCCUUGCCUCCCUAGGGCAUGGAGGACUCCAGGACCCCAGGUCUUCCAUUCCAUUUCCCAGGAAGUGCCUGGCUAGCCCAUGGCCUCUUUAAUGCACCUGUUAACCAAGUGGGUCAUAGCAUCUCCCAGAGCUUGACCCAUGAGGUGUGAGGAACUGACGCUUCUCCUCUAAGGCCUCUCUGCCCUCAGGAUCUGAACUUGUUAGCUUUUCUCCAGUGGAGCUACCAGCUAAGGAGAAGGAGCUGUGCACCAGGGCAACCCUGUGCCUUCCAGUAAAUGAUAUCUCCUGGAGCAAAGAAUGUUGGAGUAUAUUCUUUGCGUUAGGAACUAGGUUUUUUUUUCUGGUUGUUUUUUGGUUUUUUUAUGAAACACAUAGUUUUUAACAAAAUGCAGCCUUUUUGUUCCUUGACUCAGUUGAGCUUCACAGAGGCAUUAGAGGGCCCAGUUGGGUCCAAGAGUCACUGUCAGGAGCCCCCAAGUGGCACCAUCCAGUUAUCUGCUGCUGUCGGUGUCCAGGGUCCCCAGCUCCCUUACCUUGUAAGACCUACAGGAGCAGGCUGGGAGUACCAGGUCUGACCUGGCUUGCGUCUUUCCAUGUCCCUUGUCAGCUGCCUAGUUUUGAGCAGGGCCAUCUACCCAGCCUGAGUGGGAGGGCAUAGAUGGUUCUAGGCUGAGAACCAGGGUAAUCCUCUGCCUUGCCAGAGCCUAGAACUGAUCUAGCUAGCCCCCACCCCAACUCUACUUCCCUUUCACCAGCAGGCCUUCACCCCCUCCCAUCACUUCAUGCCCAGAACCCUGCCCAGUGCCCAAAAGCCCCCUCAAGCCCUUCUCACUGACAGCAAAGGAAGCUUCAGUAGGUGGGAAGAGGCCACGUGUCCCAGUCCUCUGCAGAGCCAGUCAACCGUAUCCUUGGAUUCUUCUCUCUCUACAUCAUUCCUGUGUGCCUUGGCUAUGAGCUGUCUACCUCUCUUUCUCACACACACACACACACACACACACACUCCUUGCACCCAUUCUGGGAGAUAGACGACAUAGGAGAAGUGGGUGUGUAGGGAUUUGGAUGACCAUGGGCCAGCUCCCAGCUGGCGUCCCUAACAGGACCUGACCUAUCAUUCUCCAGUGUGGUUUUGCCCACCAGGAUGGAUUUGUCUGCCGUGGAGCUCUUGGACACCCUGGCACGGGUGUUCUGCUCCACAGAUAACAGUUUCCCGUCAUGACUUGUUUUGAUCGCAGGUCUGUGACCUGCAUAGCUAGUCUACGUCCUCCAGUUACCCAGUAAAGUCUGUAUGUGACAAAGCCA